AUGGGUGGUGGGUGGUCUCAGCUUGGCAUCUCCACUCCAGUGGUGCAGCUAUCAACCAGGAACAUCCAGGCCCUCAACAUGCUCUUCUCCUCCUGGGCCUUAGUCUUCUUAUCAUUCGGAAUUAUGGUCGAUGACUGGGUUACACUGAAUUUUGGAACAAAAACAAAUAUGCAAAGCCACAGUCCAUGGAUACACACCACUAUUUGGCCAAAAGAUGACCUGAAAGUGAUCAGGAUCAUGAUGAUUUUGGUGAUCAGCUUUUCCUUCUUCCAUAACUUGUUCCUGGGAUUGGAAUUCACCUUUAUGAUUCCUCAAACUAAAUGUAUCUUCCUCAUCACUGUGUUCCUCAGUUUCUUCACAGGCAUCCUUCUGCUCUGUGCACUCCUGCUGUAUCACCUGAAGCUAAGGCAAGGGCAAUCCGUGUACUAUUCUGGGUACAAAAUCACCUGGAUCAUUUCCACUGCCUACUUAAGUGUUUUCUUCCUUUUUGCCUCUGGAAUCCUGUGUCUUCUACAGUACAAGCAAUCCAUGAAUUCUGCCAAAGAAAGUCAUGAUACACAGCAAUCUGGGAGCUCUAUUGAAGUGAUUUCAUUGCAAAAACUCACUGUAAUGCCUCAUAGUAUUGUCCACCAGCAGUGGGGGCCAAAGUGCAGCACUGAUGGCAAGCGGAAGGGAACAGAGGAUGUACUGGAUUCCCGGGGCCUCAGGUGCUGGGCGAUGGCCCUCCUCCUGGGCUCAGUGCGGACAAGCUCAGACCUGCAGCCCCAGAGGCUGGACUUCUUCCACAGCGAGAGUUCCUGA